AUUUCCUUAACAUGAUCAUUUCUGGUGAACACCUCAAAACCUCCACACUCAGCUUAUUCAAAUAACAACUUGAAUAUAGUUAUUUCUUCUAACUUCCCUUUACUCAUCCCUUUCCAAAAAAUCCAACAAGAUGUUGGACUACUUUGCUUUGGCGUUUGUGGUUGCAGUAAAAGUAUUUAAGAAAACUACUCCAAAUGGAAAAGUUACGGUUUACCUUGGCAAGCGUGACUUCAUUGAUCAUAUGGAUUACUGCGAUCCUGUAGAUGGAGUGGUGGUAGUGGAUACGGAAUACCUGAAAGGAAGAAAAGUUUAUAGCCAGCUCGUAACCACGUACCGCUAUGGUAGGGAGGAAGAUGAAGUAAUGGGAUUGAAGUUCUCCAAGGAAAUGGUUAUCGGCCAAGAACAAGUUGUUCCAAUGAUCAACUCUAAAAUGGAACUGACUCCCGUUCAGGAGAAGCUGCUGAAGAAGCUUGGACCCCACGCUUUUCCUUUUACAUUCAACUUCCCUGAAUUGGCCCCAAGCUCGGUAACACUGCAGCCUUCUGAAGAAGAUCAAGGCAAGCCCAUGGGCGUGGAAUAUUGCGUCAGGACGUAUGUAGCCGAGCAAGAAGACCAGAAGAGCCACAAGAGGAGCUCAGUCACCCUCGCCAUCAAGAAACUGCAACACGCACCAACAUCCCGUGGACGUCGUCUGCCGAGCUCUCUCGUGAGCAAAGGAUUCACUUUCAGCAAUGGAAAGAUCAACCUUGAAGUCACUUUGGAUAGAGAAAUCUACUAUCACGGAGAGAAGGUUGCUGCCAACGUCAUCGUAUCUAACAAUUCCAGGAAGUCUGUUCGUAACAUCCGCGCGAUGGUUGUACAGCACGUCGAGAUUACUAUGAUCAACUCUCAAUUCAGCCGUCAUGUUGCCUCUUUGGAAAGCCGCGAGGGUUGCCCCGUCACUCCUGGGGCCAGUCUGUCCAAGACAUUCUACUUGGUACCUUUGGCUCGUAGUAACAAGGACAUUCGUGGUGUGGCUUUGGAUGGACACCUGAAGGAAGAUGAUGUUAACCUGGCCAGUUCGACCCUCGUACCUGAAGGAAAGUGCCCAGCUGAUGCCAUUGGUAUCGUUGUCUCUUACUCUGUAAGGGUCAAACUGAACUGUGGAACCCUUGGCGGAGAACUCGUUACUGAUGUGCCUUUCAAGUUGCUUCACCCGGCUGAAGGAUCUGUUGAACGUCAGCGCUUCAAUGCGAUGAAGAAGAUGCAAUCCAUCGAACGACAUCGCUACGAGAACUCUCUUUACACCAACGAGGAAGAAGAUAAUAUCGUAUUCGAAGACUUCGCCCGUCUCAGGAUGAACGAGCCCGAGUAAAGGAUGUGUGAAUUUAAUAAUUACACAACAAAAAAAAAAACGAAAAAAUUAUAAAAAAAUUCAAAAAAAAGAAAUCAAGCAAGUUAUAAUACAGAAUUUCAUAUUAUGUCAUAACAUCGACAAAAUAUAAUAUUCGAAUGUUUAUCAGAUCAACAAAAACACGUUGGCACCUUUAUAAUUUAAACUGUAAUGUCAUUUUCAUCAGAUAUUGUGUAUUCAAUCAUUCAGUUUAAUUAGGUAAUUUUAAAAAUGUAGUUAUCAAUUAAUUAUCUUAUUUUGACACACUGUAUUCUCGUGUUUGAAAUUAUUCGAAUAAGUAAUUAAGUAUAUAAAAAAAAUCUGUACCUUUCUGUAAUCCUUAUAAUAAAUUAAACUUCACCAGAAAUA